UAUGUCGGACGCCAUAUAACCGUUAAUAAAAUGUGUUGAGUGCGUCGUUACAUAAGAUAUUUCCUUGACAUAUUACAUGCUUAUCUUCCAGACUCUUCUCUCAGUCAGUCUGCUCGCCGUCCUGUGCUGCUCCGUCAUGGGGUCAGGCUACAACUACGGACACGGCGGUUUCGGAGGAGCCGGUCUGCUCGGAGGAGCUGGACUUCACGGAGGAGUAGGAUACCUAGGAGCUGGGCUUCACCGAGGAGGUCUCCUCGGAGGAGCUGGACUUCACGGAGUUGGAGUUCUCGGAGGAGCCGGACUUCACCGAGGAGGUCUCAUUGGAGGAGUUGGACUUCACCGAGGAGGUCUCAUUGGAGGAGUUGGACUUCACGGAGCUGGACUUCUCGGAGGAGCCGGACUUUACCACGGAGGAGCCGGACUUUACCACGGAGGAGCCGGACUUUACCACGGAGGAGCUGGACUUUACCACGGAGGAGCUGGACUUUACCACGGAGGUCUUGUUGGAGGAGCCGGACUUCAUGGUGCUGGUCUGCUCGGAGGACUUCACGGAGGAGUAGGAUACCUGGGAGCUGGACUUCACCGAGGAGGUCUCCUCGGAGGAGCUGGACUUCACGGAGCUGGACUUCUCGGAGGAGCCGGACUUUACCACGGAGGAGCUGGACUUUACCACGGAGGAGCUGGACUUUACCACGGAGGAGCUGGACUUCACGGAGUUGGACUUCUCGGAGGAGCUGGACUUCACCACGGAGGAUACCUCGGAGGAAACGGACUUCACCGAGGAGGUCUUAUUGGAGGAGUUGGACUUCACCGAGGAGGUCUUAUUGGAGGAGCUGGACUUCACGGCGCUGGUUACGGAUACGGAUAUCCCGGAUACGGUUACGGAUACGGCAACAAGGGAUACGGAUACGGACACGGACACGGACUAGGACAGGGAGUCGGAAUCGGACACGGUGUCGGAAUCGGACACGGAGUCGGAAUUGGACACGGAGUCGGAAUCGGACACGGAGUCGGAAUCGGACACGGAUUCGGAUUCGGUGGGCGUGGAUUUGGUUUCGGAGGGCGUGGUCUCGGAUUCGGCGCCGGCAAUCUCUACCACUAAAGAGUAUCUGUUCGGGGAAUAAUUAUAUAAAUGCUAUUGUAAUAAAUAUAGUUUGUUUCGGUA